AACACAAUUUGUUCGUAUCCUAUCUAGUUGCUUGUUCAGCAUGGGUUGUUGUGAGAACAUGACCCCCGAGCGGAAACACUCGGUCUGCAGGAAGAUGCUGUGUUCUGGGAUGAUCCUGGCCAUAGCUCUCAUCAUCAUGCUGGGCAUCCUCAUUGUCAAACCCGCCAUCUACGGGCAAGCCUUUAUGCCUACCUCCUGUACCGUGGUCAGUGCUAACUAUGAGGACAACGUGGACUGUAGCUGCGGACGGAACUGCUACACCCAGAUGCCGUGCCUGGUUGUCAUGGUGACGUACCAGGACAGACAGAACGCCACGGCAACAGGAAUGCUCCAUAAUGAUGAGGGGGAGCUGGACCAGUGGAGCAUGUGCUCCUACCACAGCUGUAGCCGAAGCUGGGAGUUGAACGUGGACUCUGUGAGCUGGUUUGAGAACAACUACGGACAAGUGGGGCAGACUUACAGCUGCUUCUACAACCCCGGCAAGGAGAACGAGGUAUUGCUGAGGAAGGACUAUGACAACAUGGUGAUUUUCCACGUGAUGUUCUGGCCCUCGCUGCUGCUGGCCGUGCUGAUUGGGAUCACCUGUGUGAUCUGUGCCAAGUACAAGUGCUGGCUGGACGAGGACGACUCCCCACCCAGUAACUACAGCAGGUUCGGGGUCCCUGCAUAGGAUGGGCAGGGACAGGGCUCUAGCCAGGUCGAAUUUUUUUUCCGUCAGCCAAUUCGCUAAAACGCUAUUCCAGGAGCUAGAAAGACUGAACUGAGACCUUGAAAAACAGGUUUUUAAUGAGAUAAUCGUAUGCAAAAGGGCGCCGACACACUUCGUCAACAAUCUUAACAAUGGCAAAACAAACAGUGUGUGGCUUUUACGGCCGUGGACGGCGUCCCCAAGCCGCCUGUAGUUUCCACCAAGGAUUUUUGUCCGUCAAGGUUGACAGGUUGGUUUUAAGAUUUUUCCGUCAGAUGCACCAAAUUUUCUUAAAUUGACGGAAAAACGGACGCUGGCUAGAGCCCUGGGUAGGGAUAAUGUUAGAGAGACGGUAAGGCCACAGCAAGAAAAUGAUAUGGGUGACAUCCGUCGAUGAAGGUUAGACAUUCAGGUAAUAAGAUACACCAAAAAUCAGUUGCUCAAGCUCGUUUCAGAUGGCAUCCAACAUCUUUCGUCAGUGACACUGCAGUGAUCUGGGAGAAACUGGUCUUUUAUCUCCUAACUAGGACAGUGUCCCAAAAGGACACCCAAAAUUGUCUUCAGCCCUUUUGCAUUCAGUUAGGAUAUAAAAGACCAGAUCACUUCAGUGCGACUGACAAAAGAUGGUAGAUGCUAUCUCAAACGUCUGAUCAUUUCCAAAAUCAUAUCCAGUUGCUUGAGUAACUGUUUUUUUUUAAUCUAGCUGGCCCAUUUGACUCACAGUCACAUGACUUUAAAGUCAGGUGCAGUGGGUCAUUCUACUUGAAGAAGGCUGGCAACACAACUGAAAAUUUGGUUUGAGUCUAAUGUCUUCAUGGUGUUGUAAGAAACUGAGACUGUCUUAAAGAUCAGAAGGUGUUGCCAAGAAGGAGUGAAAGAGCCAGUCAGGACAAGGACGAAAGGGUGAAGAUCAGUAUUACUGUAGAAUCAUGUAGAUCAUUGUCUGAAUUACUAUUCUACUUCUGUAAUUAAUAGAUUCAUAAUACUAAGUAGUCACCAAAUAAAUGUACCAUGUUUACUGCCCGGAAAAAAAAAUGCCUCAACUAUCAUGGGCGUGCACACACACAAUCUUUCACUCGCAAUAAAACAUAACUGUUGCAUUUCACAUGCUCCGUUUAACCUUUGGUUUUAUUAAUGGCAUGUCAUUACUAUACAAAUUACAAAUACUAAUCACCCUGUACUAUAGUUGAGUAAGAAUGAGGAAGGGGUUGUGAAUGGGUAGGAAUAUCUACGUUUAACACCAUGAUGGUACUACUAUUGUACUUAAUAAUGAUUUAUUUCAGUUGUGUCACUGUGGUUGUUAAUACACUGCUAAUCUGUAUUAAGAUAUAGGAAAGAAAAUAGUUGUGUAAAUUAUUUGUAACAUUGCCAGUCACUAUCCAUGGCAAGACAUUGUUUCUGUAUGUUCUAGGUUUAAUGAUAUAUUUGUCAGUAAAAACAAGAAUAAGUUAUAGGAGAUGUGUAGAAAGGAUAAUGGAUACAUUGUUUUAUAUAAAAGGUUUCAAAGCAGAC